AAAAUGGAAACUUCACUGAAGCAACUGGUCCGUGGCAAAGCAUUAGCCUUCAUAAUAAUUUUAGGGCUUGGAGGAACCUUUCAGAAUGGAUUUCAUGUUACUGUCACCAGUUCACCUUCGCCGUACAUUAAGAAUUUCAUCAACCAAAGUUGGUUUGUUCGACAUGGAGAGUCUAUGGCGCCUGAGACCGUAACUUUAAUUUGGUCAAUUAUAGUUUCAUCUUAUGCUGUAGGAGGCCUUUUUGGCUCAGUCAGUGUUAGGUACAUUGCUGGCAAAUUUGGAAGAAAGAAAGCCAUGAUCUGGAAUAACAUGGUCAGUAUUGUAGGUGCAGUAACCAUGUUUACGAGCAAGAGUGCACACUCUUUUGAAAUGACAAUGGUUGCAAGGUUCUUAUUUGGAUUUUCUUCAGGUUUGGGUGCAAGCAUCCACACCAUAUACCUUGGUGAGAGUUCCCCUAAAAAACUGAGAGGAAUGGUGACAUUGACAGCAGCCACCUUUAUUUCCAUCGGGAAACUCACUGGUCAACUCGCUGGUCUGAGGGAAAUCUUUGGGCGUGAGGAACUGUGGCAUAUCCUGCUUUGUGCCCCAGCAUUUUUGUCUGUGGUUCAGAUGAUUGUGCUGCCCUCCUUUCCCGAGGCCCCAAGAUAUUUAUUAAUAGACAAACACAAUGAGCCAAUGUGCAGAGAUGCCCUUCAGACCCUGUGGGGGGAGGGCGACAUGAAGAUGGAGAUUGCGGAGAUGUUGGCGGAGCAGGAUGCUAUAAAGGGGCAGAGCUCUCAGAGCCUGCUGCAGCUGCUGACGGACAGACGUGUGCGCUGGCAGGUCCUCAGUAUACUGGUCAUCAAUGUGGGCAUCCAGUUCUGCGGCAUCUCUGCUAUAAGUGCCUUCUCCUUCAACAUCUUCCAAGAAGUGAACAUUCCACUGGACAAAAUCCGUUAUGUGACACUGGGUGUGGGGGCCUCUGAGGUCCUCACCUCCAUCACAUGCGGCCUCCUCAUUGAGAAUUUGGGGAGGAGAGCUCUGCUGUGGGGAGGCUUUGGAGCCAUGUCUGUAAUAAUGGCAUUAAUCACACUCUCACAGCUCCUGAAGGAAAACAGUAAUUGGAUUCCAUAUAGCACAGUUGGCCUGAUAUUUCUCUUCGUAAUAUUCUAUGGGGGUGGACCAGCGGGUGUUCUGCCAUCGCUAACUCUCGAGAUAUUCAUCCAGUCCUCUCGACCUGCAGCCUUUGUAUUCACUGGCAUACUGCGGUGGCUGGGAUUCUCUGUGAUGGGAACGACCUUCCCCUUUAUAAUUAAAUUGUGGAAGUCCUACAGUUUUGUGCUGUUUUCUGCAGUUAAUCUGUUGGCUGGGCUGUUUCUCUUUUUCUUCUUACCUGAAACAAAGGGUAAAACACUCUUGGAAAUAUCAGAUGAAUUCAGCAAAAUCCAAUUAUGGAGGCCUUCAAGAAAAGACAUUGUAGAAACAAGGCUAUAA